AAUGACGGUUAUCAGCAGUCUUCUCCUGACACUGACAGCAUAGGGGACAUCUUCACUGAUCAUCAGUCCCCUGAUGAGCAGUGUAGCCCCAUCAGUGCCACCUGUCAGUGUCCAUCAAUGCCACCUGUAAUUGCCCAUCAAUGCCACAUACCAGUGCCUACCAGUGCACAUCAAUUUCACAUAUCAGUGCCCAUCAGAGCUGCCUUUCAGUGCCAACUAUCAGUGCAAGUCAGUGUUGCCUUUCAG